UGGACUCGGCAGCGGCUAAUGGUUCCAGCAACCUGGAAACUUUGGAAAAAACGAGCUCCAGCAACCUGGAAACUCGGGAAAAAACGAGCUCCAGCAACCUGGAAACUCCGAUUUACCGACCUGAAGAUCACUGCCGUCGCGAUUUUUUUUAAAGAAGGAAAAAAAAAAAGUUUUUUCCCCGAGUUCCCAGAUGUUUGAAAGUACCAUAACUAUGGCAUUGUUCUAUUAAACUGGCCCGGGUUAAAUGUUCCUAUAGCCCGUCGUGUGACUGGGUGAGCGCUAAGCGCCCUGCUCAAAUCGAACAAGUCUGCACCGCUUGGUUAUGUUGUCAACAAGGCAGCAUUGUUCAUGCUUCAGAAACAUGGCUCACAAACAUACCUGGGAAUCGAAUGCAAUAAACUUUCAGCCAGUGCAAACCAUGCCUACAUUGGCGCCCGGUCGAAUCUACUCAUCGAAAUUAGUAAAAAUACAACUUAAAACUGUUCGACCUACAUUCCCCCAGUCAAUCUGACGAUUCCCAUUGGUCGUUGGGGAUUGUUUUGUAGCUGGUGACGUGUUUGGUUCCGCCUCCUUAACCAGCGUUGUAAACAAACACUGCAUAAUAUUGCAAGUUUGACCGUCACCACGAAAAUAUCCUAUCUGCAAAAAACGUAGUCGGAGUAGCUAUUGUUAUUUUAACUACAACAUACACGAAACUGUUUCAUCUCUGAUGAAAAACGUGUUCCUGUUGUCAAGUGUGAGAGACCGAGAGAAUCUGCACCACGAUUCUUCUUGUUUGUUUGGAUCCAUCAGUCCGAUGGUUUCUUGCUGAAGAAGUGACCCAACAAACAAUCUCCUAGACGAUUUAGCAAUUUACUGAUGCAUCUUAGUUGACCAUCUUAGUUGCUGGUCAUAUCUUCGUUCAAAUUAGGUCUUCCACUGAAACCCCGAUAACUACUUUAGACAUGGUGAAGCUGACGAAGGCUAAGACGUUCCAGGCGUACCUAGACUCGUGCCACCGGAGGUACAGCUGUGUUCACUGCCGAGCACACUUGGCCAACCAUGAUGACCUCAUCUCCAAGUCUUUUCAGGGAAGCCAGGGACGUGCUUACCUCUUCAACUCUGUGGUGAACGUGGGCUGUGGUCCUGCCGAGGAGAGGCUGCUACUCACCGGGCUCCAUGCUGUGGCAGACAUCUACUGUGAGAACUGCCAUACCACACUGGGCUGGAAAUACGAGCAGGCCUUUGAGUUGAGUCAGAAGUACAAGGAGGGGAAGUUCAUCAUUGAGCUGUCCCACAUGAUAAAGGACAACGGCUGGGACUGAGAGGUGAAGGGAGAUGUUUUCAUUGAUGUUUCAUCUCUCAUCCAUUGUUCUUCCUGGCCCGAAUGUGUGUCCCCUCACACUGCGUAAGGGCCAUCGGCUCUGCCACUCAGUCACUUCAUACAGCUUUGCCAAGAGUAGCAUGUGAUGUUUUUAUAUAUAUAUAUACACACACACACACACACACACACACACACACACACACACACACACACACACAGAGUAUACCAAACAUUAGGAACACCUUCCUAAUGAACAGCCUCAAUUCGUCUGGGCAUGGACUCUACAAGGUGUCGAAAGCGUUCUACAGGAAUGCUGGCCCAUGUUGACUCCAAUGCGUCCCACAGUUGUGAAGUUGGCUGGAUGGCGGAACAUUCUUGAUACACAUAGGAAACUGUUGAGUGUGAAAAAUCCAGCAGCGUUGCAGUUCUUGACCUAAUCUGAUGCGCCUGGCAUCUACUACCAAACCCCAUUCAAAGGCACUUAAAUAUUUAGUCUUGCCAAUACACCCUCUGAAUGGCACAUAUACACAAUCCAUGUCUCAAUUGUCUCGAGGCUUAGAAGUCCUUCUUUAACGUGUCUCCUCGCCUUCAUCUACACUGAUUGAAGUUGAUUGAACAAGUGACAUCAAUAAGGGAUCAUAGAUUUAAUCUGGAUUCACCUGGUCAGUCGGUCAUGGAAAGAGCAGGUGUUCUUAAUGUUUUUGUAUACUCUGUGUGAGAUAUAUACAUACAUACAUACACACACUCGUAGGUUUUAUGAGUUUCAUAUGAAACCUACCCCAGUUACGGGAGCACCUUUGUCAGUAUCCCAAUGUUUAGUUUUAUUGUGGUAGAGAAUGAGCGAGUACAGGCUGUGUGUGUGAGCGCGAGCGAGAGUUUGUAUACACUUGGGCAUGUGUGAGUUGUGUGUUUACGAGUGUGUGUGUUGCAGUGCGACCACCUUAGCAACCUCACUAAAUCCUACUCAUGUAAUCCGUGCAUCUGUGUGGGAUUGCAGUUAUCAAAAAAAACUAAAUUCUCUCAAGUGCAAUUCACAGGGUUGAGGCAAUUAGAACGUUAUGCAAAAACAUAGCGCCCUGAAUGCUGUUCCCUUUUUUGGAGUUUUUAGGCGAAUGUGUGAAAAAGCAAGUUAUACCUUGCUUUGUGUGUGUGGGUGUGUUUUUUUUUUAAAGACUUCAUACUUAAUGUUUAAUGGUGCAAGCAGAGUUGGGGGAAAAAAGUAAUUAUGUUUAGUGCUGCUCUGUCAUGUUACUGUUGGAGUAUGAAGUGCAAUACAGUAGGGUGUCUGCGGGGUUAAAGUUCACUUUAAAAUGUCAUCAAUAUAACAUUGGUCAUGUUUUUUUAUCUUUUAAAUGGCAAUCAAUGCAUUCCGUUGUUAAUGAUAUCAAGGGCUGCAGCAUUACAGUUUGUAAGUGUUUCUGUGCGAUUGACCCAUGUGAGUUUGAAUACUGUGUGUGUAAAUGUUUGGCGUAUGGGUAUUCUCUGUAUGCUGCCUGUGGGUAUGCAUUUUAUGGUUUGUGUGUGUUUAUACAGUGUGCAAGAAGUGUGAGUGUAAGAUUGUAUGAUCAGAUACAGUACUUUCUAGACAGUUGGCAAAUGCUUUAGUUUGGGGGUAAAAUCUAUUGUUUCUGAUGUAAUUGGAUAUUCAUUUUUAGAUUAUUUCCAUUUGAGAUCAAUCUUGUAAAUACAGCUUAACACUGAGCAGCAUGUACAUAAGCAUUUAUUUGAUAAUAUUAGAGAGCAGUGUGUAAUAUCAAACAGGAUUGAUAUCUACAAUUAUGUAGUAGAUGGUGACUAUGUAAGCUUUUCAUUGAAGUGUUUUAUUUGAACCUGAACUUGCAACAUUAAAGUACGUGGUAAAUAUA